AUGUUGAAUGAAUUUAUAUACAUUAAAGUGUUUUAUAUAGGAGCAUGCUGUAUAGAUGAUUACACUGCAAAAGCAUUAGAUGCAGAUUUUUUAAUUCAUUAUGGUCAUUCUUGUUUAAUACCUAUUGACCAAACUGUGGGAAUCAAAGUACUUUAUGUAUUUGUAAAUAUAAAAAUUGAUGCAUUACAUUGCAUUGAAUGUUUACAAGUAACAUUACCAAUCACUACAAAAAUAGCUCUUGUAAGCACCAUUCAGUUUGCUGGAAUUUUACAAGCAAUAGCAUUAGAAAUGAGAAAAAAUGGCUAUGAAGUAUUUAUGCCACAAAGUAAACCAUUAAGUCCUGGAGAGAUUUUAGGUUGUACAGCACCCCGUAUUCGAUGUGCCAAUGUUGUGAUUUAUGUUGGUGAUGGUCGAUUUCACUUAGAAGCAAUAAUGAUUGCUAAUCCAAAACUUAGAGCAUUUCGAUAUGAUCCAUAUGAAAAAAAAUUAACUGAAGAAUUUUAUAAUCAUGAAGAAAUGCUGAGAACUAGAUUACUAGCUAUAGGUAAUAUAAAAGAGACUGAUACAUUUGGAUUAGUACUUGGCACUUUAGGCAGACAAGGGAAUAUUAAUGUUUUGAAGAAUUUGGAAAAUCAACUUAGACUGCUAGGAAAGAAAAAUGUUAUUAUAUUACUAUCAGAAAUAUUUCCAGAUAAAAUUAAAUUAUUCAGGGGUAUUGAUGCCUUUAUACAGAUUGCAUGUCCAAGAUUAAGUAUAGAUUGGGGUACAGCUUUUGAAAAACCAUUUCUUACACCUUAUGAAGGAGCUGUUGCUUUAAAAAUGAUAAAUUUUAACAAUGAUAAACCAUAUCCAAUGGAUUAUUAUUCUUCUGCUAGUCUUGGACCAUGGACACCUAAUCAUAAAGAAUCAGAGUUAGAAAAACAGAUUGAUACUUGUUGUGGUAAAUGUAAAGAUAAGACAGUAUAUUUUUUAAUGAAGUCUAAAGUAAUGAACGGAGAUAACUGGGAAGAAAACUGGUCUAAACAGCAAUCACAAGCUAGAAAAACAGUGCAGCGAAAUAGCAAAAAGACUGAGAAAUCAGGCUUAAAAUUAUCAAAAUCAUCUAAAGGAGCUACACCUAGAGAAAGAACUUUAAGAAGAUUAGAAAGUAAUGAAAGAGAAAGAAUGAGAAUGCACAGUUUAAAUGAUGCUUUUCAGUCUUUACGUGAAGUAAUACCACAUGUGAGCAAAGAAAGACGACUAUCAAAAAUUGAAACUUUAACUUUAGCAAAGAAUUAUAUAGUUGCUCUCACAGAUGCGAUAUGUGCAAUGAGAAGUGAAGAAAAUUCGAUGGAUCGACAAGAUGAAGUUUCUGAACCUCAAGAAUCAUCAAGUAAUAUGAAUAUUUGUUUAAAUAUGAACAUUCCAAUUCCUUCAAAGUCUUGUAGUUAGGGAAGUUUUAAAUUCUAUCUAUAAAAUAAUUUAUAACAUACUACAAUUCUAAAAACUAUGCAGGCCUCUGAAAUGAUGAUAAUCGUUAUGUAACAUUUAAAUUAAUUUCAGUAUUAUAACUUAUAGUACUUAAAUUUAUUAAGAAAUUCUAGUCUGAAGUACCUUAUAGAUAAUGGUUAAAUUUUGAUAUAUCGAUAUCAAAAUAGAUAAAAUUAUUAUUAAAUCAAUAUAGAAUUUUAACUUUAUUUACAUUAAUAAUUCUAUCAUUAUUUAAUACUAUUGUAACAACUAUUGUGCCAAAGAAUAACUAAUAUUUUCAUAAAAAAGAGAAGAAAUAAUAU